CCGCGUUGAGGGACUUUGUGUAAGCGGUGGAUACAUCAACACUUAGCUAUCGUUACGUAAACAACAACACACGACAGGAGAACUAUUGUCCUGGACGUCAGUGUUAACUGGUUUAUGUUUUCCAGUAAACUGCGCAUUGAAAAGGCAAACAUGAGCCGCUCUAGUCGACCCGGCAGACACGGGACACCCGUGUUCACCAGGGCAACACGCCUCGGAACAUCCAAGCCUGACCUGGAGAGAGAUUCAGGCUUCUCAGAUGCUAGCUCUGAGUACCUCAGUACAGUCGAUCUGACCGACUCUGAAGAUGCAGGAAGGCCGGGGUCCAUAUUCGGCCAGGACCCAGCGGCUCCACAGGUGGCUCUGAUGGGAGGCUCAUACGCUGCACUGUCUCCAAUGAUCAUCAUGAACAACUUAGUCCUCAAUCAGCCAUCCAUGAUGGCUCCAGCAGAAAAGCAGUGGGGGUUUUCUUCACCCUUGGAAGUGAUGCCUCAAUCCCAGGUGGUUCUUCUCCAACCCAUGGUUUCUAAUGGCAGCAGCAGCUCUGCAAACACUUGCUCUGAAAAUAGCCGACAUUCAAAAGGCCACAUGCCUGUCGUCAAGUCAUACCCGAGAAUCGCCCCUCAUCCGAAAGACAUGCCCACUAAAAAGUCGGGAUCCUCCCGGAUGAGGGGACAUUCAACAUCCCAAAAUGACCAGCAACACAGGAGGCAUCGUCGCAGCCACAGGGCUUACAGCUCCCCCAGCCCACAGCUGCCACUGCAGACUCCUGUCAAACCCAUCGUCAACUCUGAAGCAGCAAACACUCCAACACAGGCAGCCGAGGGUCAGGAGCAUCUUACUGACAACUCUCUCUACCCACUGGCAGAAACCAGCUCUCUGCCCCCCUGUACAGAUGAGUUCAGGACAGAGAUGGACGACGACGGGAUCCAUGCUGACAAAUACCAGGACGACCUCUCAAUGGACAAUGACAAGCUGAAACGCUUCAGCAAUACCUACAAUAUUCUCGACAAGUCUGGUUUGCUGGGGAUCACCUUGCGCACAAAGCAGCUCAUGAAGGAAAACAAGCGCACCCAAGGCCAGCUGCAGCAACUUCAAGAGCAGACGGCUCUGCUGCUGGAGGCUCUGAGCAGCAGAGACCCACAGAUCUGGACUAAACUCCAGCUCUCUCUGCAGGACACAGAUAAGGAACAGUGGGGAGCUAAAGGUCAGAGGCUCCUGGCAUAAUGUAUUGGUGCAUGUGACCAGCGAUUCUCAAUCUGGGGGACACAACACAAUUUGCAGAAUGUGAAAAAGAUAGUUUCAAGAAAAGCUUUCUUUUUUGUGAAAUAGUCAACACAGCACCCAGCAUUUCAAUUAACCCAAAAAAGGGUUAAACUCAAUGCUUUAAUGCUUUUGACAGCAGGAUGUUAGUACAAAUUAUCUUAUAUCCGCAGAUAAUGGAGACAAUAACAUUGAGAUGGUAUAAUCUCUAAAUAUGAAGCUGUAGCACAUUAUCUCUUGCUAAGUGGGAGUUAGGUAGCAUGCUUACAUUUCAAACCUUUGCCUAUAAUAGUUUUUCUAGCCUCUGUUGUUUCAAAGAGCAGGUAUCGCUUGCAAUAGGGCUAGGCCUUCUAUACACCGAACUGCUGUCCGCACAAGCGCAUGCCUUACAGCAUGGGAGGGCAUGUGGGGUUAAUUCCUUAUACAUGCUUUGACUCUCUGAUCUGCAGAGAAAAUAUGAGCAUAAUGUUAACUUUAAGAUCGCAUAGAAAACCUGAUAUGGAUAAAUGCAUUUAGUUUUUCUUUUACUAAACGCAUCCCUAAUUGUGUAGAUCUAUCUACCUUUAACAUAUAGAUAGAUAGAAUCCUUUAAUAGUCCCACAGUGGGGAAAUUUGAGGGUUUUCAACAUUGUAUAGUAGAUGAAAUUGAAAAAGGACAUGUCUCCUUUGUCAGGAAGUAGAUCAGGGGGUUGGCUAAACCAGUACUUUUUUAAUGUAAAUUUGUAAAUAUACAUUUGGUAUCUAUACUAUUUAUUUUUAAAGGGGACCUAUUGUGCUCAUUUCCACCUCUGUUUUUUAUUGUGGUAUACCCUUACAAGAGUUUUGCAUGAUGCACAAUUCGAAAGCCCAUAUUUAUCUCAAAGUGCCAGUUAAACAGCCCCCCCGGUGGGCUUCUGUUUGAAACAGGACAUAUUAGUUCUGGACUUCUAAAAGCUUACUCUCUUCUGAUUGGUCACAGAUCAGGAAGCCCGCCAAGGAGUAGCACACCAAGCACUUGUGAACAACACCUCAUACAUUUACUGAUGGGGAGGUUCUAAAAGCAAACAGUAGAACUAGCUAGCUAAAAUUGCUAGAGAAAUUAUUCUUCCGUCGCCAAAUUAAGUUUAUUUGUGUUUUGGAGCUCAGUAAAUGUCUAUAAUUCUACUCAAGUAGAUUUUUUGGGGAGAGGGGCUGUGUUGUACUUGGAACCUUACAGGUGGAAUAGACAGUUGGAACCAAGCACUCAGUCACCUUAGCUUCUGUCUCACAGGUAUUACUUUUACAUAUUUUAUCCUCAUUAUUGCAAACUUAGACAAUGUGUAAUAUGGACAUCUGACAUUGCAACAUUAUGUACAUGACAGAAGAUAAGGGAAAAGCAUUAUUGGUCCCCAUUAAUACUUGUUUGCAUCCAUCGACUUUUUGAUGGUUUGGUUGCAGUGGCAGCUAGUUAACCCAGGCAAAUAAAUCUCUCCAGCACGUUGAGGGUCUGCCCCGGGGUCUCCUACCAGUUUGAAUGUUGAGGGUGUGAUAAAGUCAACAGAGCCGAUCUGUGGCUAUCGCACAUUGAAACUCCACUGGGGUUCAGAUCAGGCAGCCUGUCUCUCCCAGUCAUGUCACUCCAGGUUUCUCCAUUGUUGCCUAAUUGAGUUUUGAAGUUCCCUGAGUCAAACUAUAGAGUCUCCAAGUGGUGCCUUUCCUGAGAUCUCAUCCACAGACUUAAAGAAGCCUGGACACUUGGAACUUCUAUUAGUAGCAUAAGCACAAACAGUCAGAGGCUUCCUCUUUGCGACUUGCAGUAGCAUUCUCCAGGGAGAACUCCAUGACACUCACCCUGGGCAACUCUGUAAAAGGAUUUCAGUUUGGUUCCCGAGCCAGAGCUGUGGGUCGAGGUGAGCCCUGUCUAGUAUGUAGCUGGUCCCUUUCCACCUCCUGCAUCCACUCUGGUUCCUUCCCCACCAUUUUUGCUCUUUGAACUAGAAUGGAACUCGAUAGCAUGUAUGAAAUCAUAACCUCCUCGGCAGAGGUAGUGAUAUAAGGACAUGGUGUCAGGUUUGUCAGUCUUGCAAGCUCUUUUCUUCAAAAGACACCUCAAAGGUCCAGCGUGUUAUAAUUAAAGGGGUUAAAGGGAUCCAUUGGCAGAAAUUGAAUAUAAAAUAAUCCUAGUGAUGUUUUCACUAGUGUGUAAUCACCUAAAUUCUACAAAUUGUGGUUUUCUUUAACCUAGAAUACCAUUAGGUUCUCCUUCAUGCUUGGGAAGGGACGGUGAGGUGAGGCGUAUUUAGCUGCAACUUGCAACUUCACCUCUAUAUGCCAAUAAAUCGUACACACUGAACCUUUAGAAUGUUUGGGAGUGUACAAAUUUGCGAGAACUUAAAUUUGAAGUGCUGUAACCAUAUAGUUGUCUUGAUUUUGCAUAUGUUGCUGCCAGGCUUAUUCCAUCUGUAGUUUCAAGCUUGAUAGGAUGUAGUAUUAUAUUCAUUUCGUUUUUUAUAACAAACUCUUGCACUUUAGUUACAAGAUUACUGCUAACAUUUUUUGUCAAAUGUUAUGACAUUCUAUCUUGAUGAAAUAAUGUGAAUAGAAAUGUUUUAACUGGAGGCCUGUGCCUAUUAUAUGUCCCUAUGUUCGUCCAUCAUAUCAAUGCGUGAGCAGCUUAGAUUUCUGUAUUUCUUUGUAAGCUCCAUGUGACUGUUGAAUGUCUCCAAAGCAUUAAAAUUAUUCUUCGAAAGUGUUAAAUAAACUAUAACUCUAGGAGCACAAUAGAGUCAGAGUUGCAGUGUUAAGAUAAUCAUAAAGUCAUAAAUGGUUCAAUAAUAAAUGUUAAAUCAACUGUUGCAAUACUUACUCAUCAUACAUCUAAGAAAUAAUUAGUCUAGGUUUUCAAAGGGCGGGUAAGAGGGUUACAAUUUAUCUUGAAUGAUUUAGAGUUUUCCAUGUUAUUGUGAAAUGUGCUUUUCUUCAGCAAAUGUCACUUUAAUAAUAAUAAUGAACUGUCAUAAAAUAACAUCUGAAAAACCCUU